UAAAAGUAUAAAGAAAAGACAUUCUCCUGACCAGAAGAAAAACCAUCACUCAUCUCAUCUCCUUCAAUAACAAUAACACAACAUCACGAAUCUCCAACCAUUACCUACCAAAUUACCACUCCUCAAAAACGUCAAAAACAUCACAAUGAAGACCGGCUCAAUUUUCUUUUCACUUUCCGUGCUUAGCACAUUUGUUGCAGCUCUCCCUGCUCCCAAAGCUAGUAAGUUCAAAUACCGAAGAUUCAGCAUUGUAUGAACACAAGACUUACAGAAACUAGAUGCCGGUAUUGCCAAGAGAUUUGUUGUUCCGUAUGCGGAUUACGCUGAGGCUGAGGAGAACACCAAACGCUUCGUCCCUACCGGGGACUACAUCCCAGACAAACGCUUCGUUGUUGUUGACUAUUCCGAAGACGCCUCAAGCAAAAACAAACGCUUCAUCCCCACCGGGGACUACAUCCCAGAAAAACACUCCGAACACGCCACCACCUCAACCUAGAUACAUCAGCUUAGAUACAUCACCUCCUCCUCCUUCCCCGUGCCUUUCUUCCUCGUAAGCCUACAAGCAAAGAUGUAUACAUACAUUGCAAAGAAAGGGUUUCGAGGUCGUAUCGUAUGAGCAAAGUAGAAUAGAGUAUAAGAGUAAAGUUUGUUUUGGAUGAUUUUCCCGCUUUAUUCUUUGGGGGUAUGAUUUGGGGGUAUGAUAUAUCUGGUAGUUACUUAGUUUACGAGUUAUGAGAGUUAUGAUAUUAGGUUUUUUUAAGUUCUUAGGGAUGGAAUAUGAGGGUUUUUGGUAGCUGGUAGCUGGUAGCUGGUAGUUGGUCUGAAUGAAUGAAUGAAUCAGAUGAA